AUGGUGGCCUCCUCUCAGGCUCUCCUGAGACACUUUGGAUUCUGCCGAUGGGGCCCGACGCGCUGGGUGCAGCUGGCAGGACCUCUAAAGCUGAGGACUGAUAACCCAGUCUCUUGGACCACUGUCCGGUUGGUGGCGACCGUGACGCUGGAGCCGGCGGGCCGCUGCCGCUGGGACGAGCCCGCAAAAAUGGCUUUUGCCACCACUAAAAAGAGUUUCAAGUAUCGUUUAGUUUUGUGUUUUCUUUCUUUUCAAGAACCCGGGCCCUUUCCUGGGAUUGUGGACAUUUUGGGAGCUGGAGGUGGCCUUCUGGAAUAUCGAGCUAGUCUGCUGGCUGGGAAGGGUUUUGCUGUGAUGGCACUGGCUUAUUACAACUACGAGGACCUCCCCAAGAGCCUGGAGAACCUCCACCUGGAGUACUUUGAAGAAGCUGUGAACUACCUGCUUAAUCACCCUCAGGUGAAGGGUCCAGGAGUUGGGCUGCUUGGGAUUUCAAAAGGAGGCGAGCUCUGCCUCUCCAUGGCUUCCUUCCUGAAGGGCAUCACUGCGGCCGUCAUAAUCAAUGGCUCUGUGGUCAGUGUCUGUGGAACCUUACAAUACAAAGGUGAGAUUCUGCCGCCUGUGGGUUUCAACCAAAAUCGAAUCAAGAUGACUAAAGAUGGCUUUGGAGACAUUGUGGAAGUCCUGAACAGCCCUUUGGAAGGACCUGACCAGAAGAGCUUCAUUCCUGUGGAAAGGGCUGAGUGCCCCUUCCUGUUUCUUGUGGGUCAGGAUGACCACAACUGGAAGAGUGAAUUCUAUGCUAAUGAGGCCUCUAAACGCUUGCAGGCCCAUGGGAAGGCAAAACCCCAGGUCAUCUGUUACCCAGGGACGGGGCACUACAUUGAACCUCCUUACUUCCCCCUGUGCCCGGCUUCCCUGCACAGCAUAGUGAGAACUCCCGUCAUCUGGGGAGGGGAGCCCAGGGCUCAUGCCAGGGCCCAGGUAGAUGCUUGGCAGCAGCUCCAGACUUUCUUCCAUAAACACCUGGGUGGGGAAAAGGGGACAAUUCCAGCCAAGCUGUGA